GUGGCAAUUGAGCGUCCCGUGUUCUGGUGGUUACGUGCGAUAAAUGUGUAGCACAGCUAGUCAGCCAGAAUAUUCGUCGCGAGUAGUCGUAGUGCUAGAAUUGUGUGCUGUGCCAGGUAGUAUAUCUAGUGUGCUUUAAUCGUUCAAUCGACGGGUUUUUGGGGUUUUAGUGUACCGAGCAGCCAGGCCUAACCGUUUGUAGCCGCCUAAUGAACCACGCUUCGUUAUAUGCUUUCACCAAGCGAAUAUAGUCCUAAAUAAGACGGUGCGUAAGCGGAUCCCAACGCAGGAAAGGAAAAGCGGAGCCCAUAAAAUUGACGAAGCUUGCAAUCCUGUCGGGUCAGAUUUGACGUGAGAGCUUUUAAAACUUGCCCCCCUACAUACACAACCAUUCAUUCAUCUCGGCUAGUCUAGGGCAGCUCUGCUUCGCAGCUCAUUCCGUCACAAUGCGCGUGGAAAUGAAUCUCGACGUUCAGCACUGUCACGAUGACAUCGGUACCAAAAUAGCAGAAUUUAAGCAAGAUUCGGAAAAAAUGAACGACCUGAAUCUGUUCCUCGACAGUGUGCUGGAGGAGGCGCAACAAAAUGCGGAAAUAAAACUGCAAAGCAAACUGGACGAAGAACGACCUAAAAAUGGCAACAAGCUUCUUACUGGCAUCAAGCAACACAGAAUGGUGACACGCACCAGAGGGAUUGUUUUACGAAUUUUCGAAGCAAUUUGCAACUGUACAAACUCCGCCACCAUUCCAGGGCAACGGCCAGCGACAGCACCGGCCAACGUUGGAUCCACCUCCAAACACUAAAUCUUCUAUCAACUAUAUCUUCUCACUGUCGUCCUACUUGUACUUCUACCGCAACAAAAGAGCUAAGAUGACUGUGUACAUCGUUAUGACUGUGGGUUUGUUUCAAUGUUAGAGAAACUAAACAGCAAAUGAGAUAAUAUUCGUACCAAAUCAAACUAAACGCCGGCGCCAUUUGUGGCGCAAAUUUUCCGGUACCCCUUUUUCCAAGUAUACACGUACAACACACUAACCGGAUCGUGCAGCAAAGUUCAUGCAAUUGAGCAACGGUGGACUGUUGCAUAUACUAACCGUACUGAUAAAUUGUGUAUGUAACAUAUGUACCAUUUACAACAUCAAUGCCAUAUCGUUUUUGAUAUGGAGUCUGAAGGCGAAUCAAAACGUAUACACGAACUACAAUCCCACCAAAAAAUCCGUUGCAUUGCCCACUGACUAAUGUCCGGCCUUGAUUGUAUUCCACAUUGUGCAAUCUCUACAGUCUACAUUCAACUUUUAACAAUUUCUGAUGAAAGGUUUCAAUAACAGAGCGUCUUUUUUAAACAAAAUUACAAACCUUAGAAAAUCAACAGAGUGGGCAAUAUUAACACCAUUUAAGAAGCAGGGCGUAGGUUACAGAGUCGAAUCACUGUUUUUACUCUACAAUUUUUGUUUUUAAGAAAUCAGAUAAUCUGGGAAGUUCCGGUUCAUUUAACCAACCGAACAUCCUUAUUUUUGCCUUCCAAUGAAUCAUGCAUUAAAACCAAUGUACCAAUGUAUGGCUAUCGUAUAGAAACUGUUCCAUGUUUUCGAUUUAUUUUGAUUUUGCGCCUUUGUUAUGAGGUUUAUAACUUUUUAAUUACCAUCCCCUUAGAUGAUCAUAUCCGCAGCUCUGGGAGAUUUUAGACUACAAUUUAUGGCGUAUUAAUAUACUUUUUUCAACAAAUUUAUGCUUUGCAUCACCAUUCAGCGAAUAUCAUUGCACUGGAUAAAGUUUAAUUAUCUUUAAAUACGUUUCUGAAAUCAUUUGCUGUGUACCAUGAAUUGACAUGAUUGACAAUCAAAAUUCUGAGCAAUAUUUUCAUGUUAAAGAAAGGCAAUUAAAUAAAACACUUUUUAAACUUGCUUUCUGUAAUUCAGUUGACACAGUGUGCCAUUGGGCAAUUACUGAGCUAACAAAACAAAACCUUCUAGGGGCAUCUAAUGCAGUAGAACCAUGUAUGUGUAGUUGAAACAAUAAUAAAGUGUGUAUAAAAAUAAAUUGGAUAACAACAAACUGGCUUACAUGACAUUAAA